AUGGCCCUAAAUCGUCGCGACAUUAUUCUCUUUAGCACUGGUGGCUUUAUUGCAUGGGGUUUGGUUGUUCGCUGGCUUCCAAUUUUGCGAUACCUGGGAUAUGCCCUCGUAUUGGGUGCUCUGCUCUCGUGUACCGCGUUGCUGACGGCGGUGUUUCUCACGAUUCGGCCCUUAGAUAGCGCAAAACCUCCUAGACCUAGCAGCCUUCCUCUCGCAUUUCUCCUCCCGAAGCACUGGCCCAGAGAAGUGGAAGGUAUUCGCGCGCGCUCGACAUACCGCGCAGAUUCCCUCUACCCGCAGUCGUUCAUUGUAUCGGAGAGUAUUGAUGAGCUCUUGUCUCUGGUGACACGGGACUUUAUCGCAUCUUGGUAUCAGCAUAUAAGCCCGAAUCCGGCUUUUGUUAAUGAAGUGGAUAGAGUCAUUCGAGCGGCUAUCGGAAAUCUAUGUAAUCGAUUGCUUGCAGAGGAUCUAAUCUCGCUGGUCGUGUCGCGUAUCUUUCCGAUCCUGACCGCUCAUCUGAAGGAAUUCGACGUUGCAGAGAAAUCUGUGCGCGGACGGAAUCUGACGCGAAAUGUGACCGAAUCUGAGGAGCUGGACCUCGCCAUCGCUAAAAAGUAUCGUGAUGGUCGUCUUCAUCCCGCCGCGGCGCUCUCUGUGUCCGAGCAGAAAGUAGUGGAGCAGGAGUAUCUACGGAAGAUCACAUUGGGGUUACUACCAAAGCUGUUUCCUGAGCAUGUCUUGAACAGCCGUAUCGUAACCGUUCUGAUCCGUGAGAUAUUAGCUUGCGCUGUUCUCUUUCCUCUAGUGUCGGUCCUAUCGGACCCAGAUACAUGGAAUCAAUUGGUUGAAGCUUACGGAAGAACAACUAUCCAAGAUCGCAAAACAGUUCAGAAGAUACGGGCGGCUCUUGACGAACAUGCUUCGCCUGCCCCGAAGACCAAACGUGGUCACCCGUUUCCCAAACUCGCACCGAACGAUUCAGAAAGGGCCUUUGAGCGGUUUGUCCGAGCCAUUCGGCGUUGUAACAAUUUAUCCGAUGCCAGGCGUUUCAGAGCGCUGGUCGCAAGUCAACUGAAACGGGAAUCUAUGGUGGAAGGUCAGGAUCCGGUCUACCUCCGGCGCCUGGAAACUGGCAAAAGAGUUUUGGACCAAAAAGUUGCUAAGCUAUCAGCCCCGGGGGGAAACAAUACGCCGUAUGCAAACGCUGUUGAAUCUCAUUUUCGUCGCAAUAGCUCUUCGAGUAAACCCGAGGCGUCCUUGGUCGAUGUGAUGCAUGAUGCAUCCGGUCUCUCCUACUUCAUGGAGUUUAUGGAUCGGCAGAAGCUCAUGUCACUUGUACAAUUCUGGAUCGUCGUUGACGGCUUCCGCAACCCGCUUGAAGAUGAUUUUGGUGAUGAGACAUCGCCGAGCUCCUCAACCUGGACCACAGCGGAUCGGAAUGAUAUGGCUCUCAUUAGUGAAACCUACCUGGCCAAGCCUGAACUCAAAGUCAGUGAAGAAGCACGUCGAGCUGUCAAGGCUUUUCUAAAUGCAGGCAAACGGGCUACACCAGAACAGUACCGUAAAGCACGGACGGUCAUUCUAAGCACCCAGUCCGCGGUCCUGGAAGAGUUACAAGCUGUGUACUACCCCAAAUUCAAACAAUCCGACCUGUACUACAAAUACCUCGCAUCAGAUGAAGUUUCCGUUGCCGGAUCUCGUGCGUCGCCUGCGCCAGUCGAGUCGCCCGCCAGACGGCCUCUGCCUCCCUUAAUGGCUCGUACCGCCUCGCACCCUGGGCAAAAGCCGAAGGAUCUGCGGAGGGCUGUGGCGUCCUCUAGCGACGUCCGGAGUAUGGGCAAACUCUUUGAUGAUGAGGAGGAGACGAGACGGUCCAUUGAUUCCGAGCGGUCAGCGCCAUUGUUCGAUGAUGACUACGAUACAGACCCUCUCGCAGCUUCUACACACAGUCUCGGCACCGACUCUCAAAGUGGCUUCAAUGAUGCUACCCAAAAGCAGGCAAUCAAGUCAAUGGAGGCUGCUUUGAAUGACAUCAUCACGAAUGACCCCGGAAAUGCAAAUUUAGGAGAUGUGAAGUAUAUUGAUUCUGGAUCGGCCGGAUCGUUUAGCGUUGAUCGAGGUCUCAAAUCUCCGCGCAGUACAGGAGACUUGGGACGACUGGACAAUCGAACGGAUGACAAUAAAGCCAAACCAAACAUCGCUUCGCUUGGGCUUGUUGACCAGUCAUCUCGAAUUGGCGUUUUCGAUGAUGAACUCUUUCCGGAUCAGCAAAAGUUUCUGGAGGAUGAAUAUGACGAACCUCCCGAGACAGAUGACAAGGACCCUGCGGACGAAGUUCAAGAGGCCGCUCCAGGAGAUCUCGGUCUGACCGAGGCAAUCGAGGCGCUUACAGCUGACAUUGAGAAGCUCGCUGCUCAAGAGGCCGUGAUAGAUGCUCUGACCCGGAAAGCCGACCUCACGAACAAUACUGCCGAGUUAAGGAUCUUGCGAAAGUCUAAGGCUAGCAUUCAGCGUGAGAUUCACCGCAAAGAGAUGCAGCGACAACAAUAUAUCAUUCAGGAAAGUGACAAUAGCUUAUACGGCCGCUCGACCGUCCGAAUCCAGUCCAUUGUAGUGGGCAAAGAGGAAGACGGCCGAGAGUAUGCGAUGUACGUGAUUGAAGUGCAAAGAAACGCCGGCGAGCAGAUGCCAGCUGCAUCCUGGGCCGUUGCUCGCAGGUAUAGUGAGUUUCAUGAGCUGCAUCAAAGGCUACGGAUGAGCUACCCAUCUGUUCGUCAUUUGGAGUUUCCUCGACGUCGCAUGGUAAUGAAGCUUCAAAAAGAGUUUCUGCAGAAGCGUCGGUUGGCAUUGGAGGCUUACCUACGGAACUUGUUGCUGCUUCCCGAGGUGUGCCGGAGCCGGGACUUGCGAGCUUUCCUGUCACAGCGAGCCAUCAUCCCUCGCGACGAGACGCCACGCGACGGGGAGACCAAGGAUCUAGUGACCCGUAUCUACAACUCGGUCGCUGACGGGAUGGAUGAUUUCCUCGGCAAUUUCGGUGUACUGGACCAACUAUCAGCGGCCGGUCAGAAUCUCAUAUCUGCGGCUACGAAUCAUCAAAACAGUCUUGUGUCCAAUUCAGGGCUAGCUACCGAGGAUGCAGUCACGGCAGCCGAAGCCGAAGCCGAAUUAAACGCAUUUGAAGAUCGCGAGCUGGAGCCAUUCAUCAAGCCUAUUUGUGAUCUGUUCCUGGAAGCAUUUGAGCUGAAUAAAGGCAACAAUUGGCUGCGUGGGCGCGCAGUCGUGGUUGUGCUCCAUCAACUGCUGGGUGGGACGAUCGAACGCAAGGUCCGUGAAGGCGCUCGGUCUUUGGUUCAGGACGAAUCCCUUCUCCGCUAUCUUAGCAUGGCCAAGGAGACUAUGUGGCCUGGAGGUGUCUUGCGCCAGAACAAGGUCCGCACGGCAUCCGAGCGACUCAAGAGCCGGACGGAAGCUAGCCUGGUGCUGGCGACUUUGAUCCCCGAUGUGGCAGGCAACGUCGUCGGGCGAGCCAAUGCUCAAGGAGCAGCUCGCAGGAUCUUUGCUACGCUAAACAACCAGCGCUUGAACUCGCAUUUGAUAUUUAGCAUUCUAGACGAAGUGGUGUUGGUAUUGUUUGGCGGCGCGAAAUGA